AUGGAGGUAACGAUGAAGGUGAACUUUUCAAUUAUUUUCUUAAUUCUCAACAUCGAUGUUACGAUCUUGGAUGACAAAAAUAUCAAGACGUUGGAAACGAAGGAUCUUUACGUAUUAGAUGACGAUAAUAAACUGGUCAAACUAGAUCUAUCCAUCCACAAUGGAAUAUCAUUUUUACCUCACAUUAAUAUGUCGAAUCAUGUUUUCUUUCGUCUCUACACAAGACAUACGAACAAUACUCCCGAAAAUUUGUACGUUGACGACAUCAGCAAUCUGAGGAGAAGCCAUUUUGACCCGAAGAAACCAACGAAAAUUGUUACUCAUGGAUGGAUGAGCUCUUGUCAGAACGCAGUUUGUACACGGAUUCGCGAUGCUUUCCUAAAAAAUGGCGACUACAAUAUCAUCACAAUCAACUGGAGUAGCAUAUCGAAGUUGACAUAUGUACGGGCGAUCGGUUAUACCGUGCCGAUCGCUAAAUAUGUCGCCCGCAUGCUGGACUUCCUCGGAUCGCAAGGACUACACGCGUCAAAUGUGACCAUCGUUGGCCACUCCAUCGGUGCCCACAUUGCCGCACUCGCAUCUUACUAUGCGAAGAAUAAAGUGUACUACGUCGUUGGUUUGGAUCCAGCUGCACCUCUCUAUAAUUUCUUCGGACAAAAAUCGAAACUUAUGAAAGGUUUUGCCGAAUACGUAGAAGUGAUCCACACGACCAAAGAUCUCGGCGAAUACAAUCCAGUCGGCGAUUCUGACUUUUACCCAAAUGGCGGCUUAGUGCAAAGUGGUUGCGGAAUCGACUUGGGCGAAUCGUGUUCUCAUUCGCGCUCUCAUGAGUACUUCGCUGAAUCUAUUAAUAGCGACCGUUUUUUAGCCCGGAAGUGUAGCAGCUAUAUUGAUUAUGUGUUCGGUAAUUGCAAGUUGAAUGCUGUUGCUCACAUGGGUGGUGUCACGCCGGAUUUCAGAGUUAAAGGAAAAUAUUACUUGUAUACGAACCCUAAACCACCAUAUGCGAAGGGCUAG